AUGGGAAAUCUCAAGGAAGACCUAUCUCACGACCCUCCCUGUCAUCCGCGUGCCUGCGCCAUUCAAGAUUGCUUAAUCAAGAAUUCCUAUCAGGAGGAGAAAUGCAAGGCACAGAUUGACGCCCUCUACGAGUGCUGCAAUGCCUUCUAUCAGCAGCAAGGCGACCAGGCCUCGACCGUGAGCUGUCCUAAGGCGAAUCUGCUGCGACUGAAGAUGAGGCAGCAAGCCCAGGCAACGGAACACCAAAGCUAG